AUGGUGGAGACACCUGAUAAACCCUCCCACAGCCAGGCGAUCAAGGUCUACAUCAACAGUGAGACGUUGAAUUCACUAAAACUGCAUUUUCCGUUAAGACACGUGCGGGAACGAUUAGCUAAAAACCUGGUAGAAAAGGGCGUGCUGACCACAGAGAAACAGAACUUCCUCCUCUUUGACAUGACGACGCACCCCCUCACCAACAACAACAUUAAGCAGCGCCUCAUCAAGAAGGUGCAGGAAGCCGUUCUCGACAAGUGGGUGAACGACCCUCACCGCAUGGACAAGCGCCUGCUGGCCCUCAUCUACCUGGCCCACGCCUCCGACGUCCUGGAGAACGCGUUCGCGCCCCUGCUGGACGAGCAGUACGAUGUAGCCACCAAGCGGGUGCGGCAGCUCCUGGACUUGGACCCCGAGGUGGAGUGUCUGAAGGCCGGGACCAACGAGGUGCUGUGGGCGGUGGUGGCGGCCUUCACCAAGUGACCCUGCCCCGAACCACGCCUCCCCUUUUCUCUCUCGGGAACCA